GUCUGGCGUCUUUCACAACCUGUGGUUUUCAUAAAAGGGCAGGUGAACUAAAAGAUCAGAAACAAUGAAGGAACAAGCAGCAGCAAGGUAGAGGUACAAGGAUCAUAUCUGGGUUUAAUGACUGAUUUCCUGACAUCCUCCAUGAAAGAAAAGCCUCACUGAGAAUUCUUUUCACAAACAUUAGAAGAGAGAGCUCCAAGGUCAUUGCUUUAGAUUUUAUCCCAGAACAGGAGAAAAUGAGUACAGGAAAUAACAUCACAACUGUAAAGCAAGAUGUCACUGUUCAUCCAACCAAUACCACCCAAAUAGCCACAACUGGAAGUGGGAAUUUCAUUAAUAACUUAAUUAAUAAAAUUCCAUUACCAAGAUGGGCCUUGAUUGCCAUUGGUGCAGGUGUGGGUUUUGUUAUCCUCGUCUGUGUCAUCUGUAUCUGUGUGAAAUGCUGCUGCAAGAAGAAGAAGAAGAAAAAAAAGAAGGAGCAACUUAACUUGCAAAGUCUGAAUGGCUCCAUCACAGCAAAUCUGGUGCAGCCAGACAUGGAUGAUUUGGAUGGAGCAGUAGAAAACUAUGGAAAAUUGCAAUGUUCCUUGGACUAUGAUGCUAAGAAUGAAAAUUUUACUGUUGGAGUUCUACAGGCAACAGACUUAAAGGCUAUGGAUUUUGGAGGAACGUCUGAUCCUUACGUUAUUGUGUACAUUUCUCCAAAAAUGACGGUGAAAUUUGAAACUAAGGUGUACAGAAAAACGCUUAAUCCUAUUUUCAAAGAACAAUUCACAUUCAAGGUCAAGCAAGAUGAAAUGAAGAAUAAAGUUGUGGUGAUGCAAGUAUAUGACUUCAACAGAUUCUCCAAACAUGACAUAAUUGGUGAAGUGAGAAUCCCACUCAGUACAGUUAACCUGAACUAUGCAGUGGAAGAAUGGCAUGACCUAACCAGAGCUCAGAAGGAAGAGGAUGUGGAACAUGGUGAUAUCUGCUUGUCUCUCCGUUAUGUCCCUGCUUCAAGCAAGUUAACAGUUGUCAUUUUAGAAGCCAAGAACCUGCAGGUGAUGGAUAAAGAUGGUUCAUCUGAUCCCUAUGUGAAGAUUCGCUUGAUACUCAAUAAUAAAAAAAUUAAGAAGAGGAAGACAACAGUUAAAAAGAAUACCCUAAAUCCAUAUUUCAAUGAAUCUUUUACAUUUGAUAUAAAUUUAGAAGAAAUACAGAAAGUGCGGUUGGUGAUCUCUGUGUGGGAUCAUGACAAGUUAUCAAAGAACGAUGCCAUUGGAAGACUCUUUCUUGGCUGUGAUGCCACCGGAAAUCAGUUACGCCAUUGGUCCGACAUGCUGGCCAAUCCCAGACGACCGAUUGCACAGUGGCACUCUCUCCAAUCCAAAGAGCAAGUAGAUAAAGAACUCAAAGAGCUUAAAAAGAAUCCUCGUCACAAAGGCAAAAGCCAGUGAAACCAAAAUACAGUUCAUGAAGAAGUAAACUGAAAGAUUAUCUGCUUCAGAUAGAUUUAUUCACCCACAAUCAGUACCACUCUGCUACGGCAUUCUGCGUUCUAGGAAUUGAACCAAAUUGGAGGAGUUGAAAUGUUUUACGUUAAGUUUCUCAAGCAAAAUAAAUAUACAGAACAGAGCAUAUUUAUUAAAGAAUGACCAGCUCUGUGAUUCUGGUUGUAAUUGUAAAGCUGAUCUUGGUAUAGAUUGGAGCAUGGUGCUGAUCAGAAAUGUGGAAAGUUGGGAUUUCCAUUCUUCUGGAAAAUCGUAUCACAAUGAAAGUAAAUAAAACAUAAUGAUUUAUUCUGAAUAAACUGCAGCAUUACCAUAAUUCAAGAGUUGGGAUACUAAUCUCCAGGAUUGAAUUACUAUUUUAAUGGACCACUAUCUUUAUGAUUGCAGAUUUGGUAAUAAUAUGUGAAGCAAUGAAUUAAAGCACACUCUCACUUUGGUUGCAGAUAAUAAUAGAUCAAGAAACUUAGAGGAUUGAAUCUGCUCCUUGGUUUGUGGUGAGGUGGUUGAUCUCCCCCAGGGCAGCAAUUGUGAGGAAGAAUUGGCCAGGAUCUACUUUUGCUCAUCAUUCAUUGACCCCACACUAAAUAUGCAAGACCCAAUGUUGGUAAAAGAAUCAUGCUCAGUUUUGAAGAACUUCCAAUGUGAUUACUUCCAGGGACCAAAUCUAUCAAGUAGCCACAUCAACAAGAUAUAGAAAGCUUUCUGCAGCUUUGGAAAUGUACUCUAACUGGCAGAUAAAGGCCCUAAGUUCAGAUGGCUAUAAAUCUGUUGGGAGACCAGCAAACCACAUAAAGAAGAGUUGGAGCCUUAAGCAGGAUUUUGGACAUAUAGGAGUUGGAGGAGGGGAUGGGGUGGGUGUUGACCUUAGGUUGGAUUGAGAGGCUGUGGUGAUUCGGGCCAGGGCAAUAGAAUACUGAAAUAAGUAUGGUGUGUCAAAUUCCAAAGCCUAAUAAGAAACAUCCAGGCCUGCCAGAGAAAAUGUUCCUGCUGGGAAGCACCCUUACAAAUUAGGUAGCGUGCUUCUCAUCCUAAAAAGUGUGCUGAGAUCAUUGCUAGAGGGAACCAAAACACAGGAUCUUGAAGUAAAUGCAGGAUCACUUCCAAAGAAUUUCAGGAGAAUGGGGCAAGGUCUGCUCCAUUCUCAUCCCAUAUGAAUAAUAUUCAUUUACCUCACCACAUUUUGCUUGUGAAGAUAUUCUUUUAAAUUUAUUAUGUUAGAUAGUAUGUUAAAAAUAUUUCUUAAUUGCUGUGGUGCAAGUUUGCCAAUUUGUUAUUAAUGGGUUAAUUGCUUUAACUGCCGAUACUAUGCGAAAGGGAGCAGGAAAUAGUAUUGGUUGAUGAGCUUAGGAAAUCGUGCCAGCCCUGAUCUGUAUCUGUUCAGGAUGUUCUUGCCUACUUAUGCUACCAGGAAUUUCUCCCUACUAAAAGAAACCAGGCGAGAUCUGCAAAGUGGGCCAGGUACACCGGCAAACUAUUUUUCAGCCAUAACCACAAUAUUUUCAAGGGCAAACAUAAUAAAGACUGCAUUCACCAAUGUACAUUCUUUUCAUAUCUAGAAGGAAAUGCUCUGUACUUCCUAAAAAAAAUUAUCCCAUUAUUUGCUUACAUAAAGAUUAAAUUUUAAAUCCCGUCUUGCUCAAUAGUAAUUUUGAUUGAAUCACAUUUUAAAGUAACCUAACCUAUUUGCAAUGCAAAGUAAAUUUAAAUACUCAUCUGAUAGACAAAUUUUUUUCAGCUCUCACACUCCUUGAUGGAAACUUCCUCAUUUUUUCACAAUUUAUCAAUGCUACUCUGGGCAAUGCUUUCUUAAGAGCUAUGUAAACCACACUCUAGGUCUUCCUCUUUUGUAGAUUUGGCCUUAUUCCAAACUCGAGACUCAUUGUAUUGCCUUUCACCUCCAAUUUAACUUCCUUCUACAAUGCACACAUUUUUAAAGUCCAAUCUUGACACUGUUGCAGGCAAUGCUUCACCUUUUUUUUAAUAUCGGUCACGACUAAGACUAUUGCCUGACUCUCGCCCUAGAUUGCUCAAUACUAAGUGGCUGAGUCAAAACUUGCCCUUCAAGAUGUAAGUGAGUUAAAAGCAAAAGUUGUAUCCAUUGACAUCUGGUCUGUUUACUCAAACUAACUAAAAACAAUUUAAUGUUAAUCAUAUUGUAAUGUACAUUUAUGAUAAAUGUUAGAAUCUUCAGAAAGGUACUUAAUCUGUGAUUUUUGUAUUGAAAGGGGAUUACUGUGAAAAAAAUCUCCAUCAUUGACCACAUAAGGUGACUAGAAGAUGAAACCUUGUUAGAAUGCACAACUUCAGUGAGAAUAUUUCUUGUACGUGGCACAGGAUUUAGAUGAAAAACAAUUCUCCUGAUUUAUUUAGAGGCAACUAUUCUGAAAGAAAUGGCUAACAAAGAUAAAUGUAACAGAAAGCACAUUGAAUUACAUAGAUCAAGAGGUCUAUAGAUUCAUUUUCUGACCAGUGUUGAAUUGGAUAAUCCUGAGCAUCAUAUUGCUUCAGCAUCCUCAGGCUGGGAAGGAGAAAUCCAACAGGAAUAUGUCUAUUGCUGAUGACGGAAACUUGAAUCGGACUUAACUGGUGCAUUUUUCAUGUUGUACCUUUUUCUCAUAAUUUAGCAUUGAAGGUAAAGAAUAUUUUCUGGUAAAAAAAAACUUUAAAUUCAGCAGCUCUGCUAUCUUGAAGAUGAUUUCAUUCCCUCAAGAUUUAAUGAGUGAAGAACUCAACAUCGCUAUAGCAAUUACUGGUGUCAAAGAAUCUUUGGAAAUUACAUUUCCAAACCACUAGCACCUAUAAAUUGCUUUUGGUAUGAGGUUUUAUGCUGAUGAUAAUUGUGCAGCAAUGACUGUGUAGGGAUCAUUCUUUCAUGCAUGCUUUUCCUCUUCCCAAACCAACAAAAUUGCUGUAAUUACAAAUUGAAGUGCAAGUGCUAACAUGCUCAUUGUGUGUGUUACUUUAAUUAAGCAGACACAUUUAUCACUUAAGGGAAAAGUGCUCUGUAUUGCUGUAAUAAUGCAUCCCUGGUGCAAUGUGUUUACAUUGUCCAUAUGGAAGAGGCGUUACUGCAAAAUCUGCAGUGAGGAAACUGGAUCCUUAAUUUAAAUGUGAGUUGCUGAAAACAAAUUCCUUACUUUAAUGGCUCUUAUACAUAUAUCCUGAAAAUUUUUUUUAUUAAAAUGAGCAAUCCAUUGUCGGCCUCCAGAAACGGAUUUAAUUUAGCUUUCAGCUGAUUAGAAGCAAAUUUUUAAUUACCUUCAUCUGGCAUUUAAAAUUGGGUGACCUGGAAAUUUGCAUUAUAUGUUGUCUUGUUAGCACUGGCACAUCUGCUGCUGCCAUAGAAGAGUGGGCAGAUGGCAUUGUUGGAUGGUUCAAGGAAGAAGCCACUUUUAAUUAUGGAUAUUGGAGUUUGAAAACAUACAUUGAACCCUUAUAGCAAGACUGUGGUAUGUUCUGCCCUGAUCGGACCAUCCAUUUUAAAAAGCCCUUUCCUUUCUUCAGGAGGAGGAAGAGGAGUGCUCCUCCCAGGCCAACAGAAAGCCUCUUGCCCAUCUUUGAGAUAAUCCUUUGGAUUGGCUUGAUUCCCACCCAACAUAAGUAGCUGAAAAUUUAAAUAGCUUCAAAACUGAGAUGUACAUCUGACCGAACUGCAUCCUGUAUUGUGAAUCUUAACUUUCUGCAUUUGAUUAUGUAGAACACAUUUGACAAAAAAACUGUGUUAAAGUGUGCAUAAAUUGUUUAUAUCACACAAUCUCACUUAUUAAUACAGGGAACAAAUAAUAUGUUAAAGAAGAUAUCGCUUAAAAUCAGAAAGGAAUAAAUUAUUUUGAUAUUAAAUUGAGCAUUUGAGAAUUUAAUCAUUAGGAGGUUUCUUCUCUCUUCCUACCCAUCACACCAGUGUUUCUUAUUUUUAAUCUGGAGCAUUUUGCAAUCAAGAACUACCCAGUCCUCAUCUCCCACUUCUAUGCUCUUUUUCUGCCUGUGUUGGGUGGGCAGUGGACUAAAGGUCUCAAACUGAGGCCUUCUGCUGUUUCUGCAGGUGGUGGCUCAAUUUACUGAAGCACUUUUCCGAUGCAGUUACGGUCUGUUUCCAUCUUCUAACAUGGUAAUUACUCCAUACAAGGAUUUGUACUUGUAAAAUUACUGACUGUUGAAAAGUUAUUUUGCAAAUUAGAGUAUGCAAAUAUGCAACAUCAUGGAAUUGAAAAAGAGAUUAGAAGUUGAGAAAAUGAAAAGACCAAUUGCAUUAUUGAACAUAUUUCCCGAUUUGUCAGCCAUCUUAAUUCUAGCCCUUUCAAUCAGCCUUCUUUUCCCAAGUCAAUAUCCCCAAGUUGUGCCUGGUUUUAAGGGUCAGUGCUCUACACAUCUUUGCAGCCACCUGUGCCUGGAAUAUUGCCUUUAUCUAGUUUUAUUCAGUUUUUACAAUGUAUUUGAAUUGUGAUAUAUAUUAUGAAGUUAUUAUGGUAUUCAUUACGUGGAAAAAUGCAAUAAAAUAAUACAGAGAAAGUGCAUUGGAAUCUGGAUGAUAGGAAGCAAAGGGGUGUAUAUAUAUAUUUAUUAACAUAAUCAGAAAUGUUAUAAAGAUAUUUAAAUAUCAUUAUUUUGCUUUCUGUCAUGUUUUACAUGUUUCAUAUCUGCGAAACUUAUAAAAUCCUUAUGUAAUUUAGUAACAUAGUAAGAUGGUAUUGUUAAAUUAAUGAAAUCAGUAAGUCUGCAUACUUCAUUAUUGAGAGAAUCAGACAAAAUGGGUCCUUAGUGCAGGAUAGCAGAAAGGCUGAAAAUACCAGGGUCAAAGUUGAGGUGGAUGACACAUUAUUGC